AUGAAAGUCUUGUCCUGGAAUAGUGGUGGGUUAGCUCAUGCGCCGACAAUUCGUGCUCUACAGGCAUUUAUCAGGACUCACAGACCUGAUCUUAUUUUUCUGUCGGAGACUAAAGUUGCUUCUGCCAGAUUUCAGCCCUCUCUUCUUCAUUUGGGUUUCUUUGCUUGGUUAGAAAUCCCUCCAGUCGGAUUAAAAGGUGGGCUUUUUGUAACCUGGAAGCAUGGUAUUGAGAUUGAGCCAGUUAGGCUUGAUAGAAGUUGUAUUUCCUGUUUGGUGUUCUCUCAUCCCUCUCAUUGCCCUUGGUUAUUCUCCUUUAUUUAUGCACCUCAUAUUGCUGAGAGGCGGUCAGUUUUUUGGUCUGAGUUGACGAACUUGGGGAACUCCUUUAGUGGGGCUUGGCUGUUAUUGGGUGAUUUCAACUCAGUGCUUUCUCCUUCAGAGAGUGGAGGCCGUGCUUUUGGCUCCUCUUCUCAAAAUGAUUUCGUGGAUUUUAUUCAGUCGAAUGCUUUGAUUGAUCCGGGUUUUGUAGGCAAUAAGUUCGCUUGGAGUGAGGUGGAAGGCUCUCCAGCUUUCUCUUUAAGCAAGAAAUGGAAGUCUACUAAAAGUGCAUUGAAGGUUUGGAAUCAGCAACAUUUUGGAUACAUUCAGUCUAGGAUUAAAUCUUUAAUGUCUGAGAUUAGUCUUAUUCAAUCUAAUCCUCACUCCCCUGCCAAUGCUGCGAGAGAGGUGGUUCUUCAAGAGUCUCUUCAAGAGCAUCUUUUGAGAGAGGAAGUAUUGUGGAAACAGAAGUCUAGGGAAUUAUGGUUAACUUGUACUGAUCUCAACAGCAAAUUCUUCCAUGCCUCAACUGCUUGCCGUCGCAGGUAUAAUUCUAUCUCUAGUUUGAAAGCUUAUGAUGGUACUAGGCUAUGUGGUAGAGAUAAUAUUGGCUCAUUCCUGGUGAAUCAUUUUAGUACUCUGUUUUCCUCUACCAGUCCAAAUUUUGAUGAUAGUCUCUCUGAGCUUGUUGUCACAAUUAUCUACCUAAAUUAA